AGUGGGUUCACUCCAAAAAGCCCAAACCAAAACUUGUGAAAACCCUAAAUUUAAUCCUUCAAAUAAACAAGCAGCUGUAUAAAACCCUAAGUUUACCCGAUUUUCCAUUCUCUACUACAUUUCGGCCAUCUUUUAGGGUUUCCAUCUCCUCUCUCUGUAGCUUCGUAUCUUAACUAUGGCCAAGAGAACAAAGAAGGUCGGCAUUGUCGGGAAGUAUGGUACCCGUUAUGGUGCUAGUCUGCGUAAGCAGAUUAAAAAGAUGGAAGUCAGCCAGCACAGCAAGUACUUCUGCGAGUUCUGUGGCAAGUAUGCUGUGAAGAGAAAAGCUGUUGGAAUCUGGGGUUGCAAGGACUGUGGGAAGGUCAAGGCUGGUGGUGCUUACACCUUGAACACUGCCAGUGCCGUGACUGUAAGAAGUACCAUCAGGAGGCUGAGGGAGCAAACUGAAAGUUAAAUGCUCUUAGAUUUGAAUUUUAUUCUAGUUAAGAGUUUAAUAUUUUGUGUUGGAGAAUUAUAAAAGUACACUUUGGAUCAUUGUUUUUGAACCUUUUCACAACUUUCUUGCUAGAGCUGAUGUAUUUUGGAGUGUAUACUCUGCCUUUUUGUUUGUUUGAGUAUGACCAUGUCGCUUGGUGCUUAUCUUUA